AUUUGUGUUAAUUAGUUUACAACAAUAUAACUCAAAAAUGGUGCUUAAAAAAAUAGAUAACAGGAUUCGUGUGUUAAUUGAAAAUGGAGUUCAACAAAAACACAGAACUUUAUUUUUUGUUGUUGGUGAAAAAGCUCGUGAUCAGGUUGUUAUACUUCAUCAUAUGUUAUCAAAAUCUCAGAUACGAGCUCGUCCUACUGUUUUAUGGUGCUAUAAAAAAGAACUUGGUUUCAGCAGUCAUCGAAAAAAAAAGAUAAAGCAACUUCAAAAGAAGGUAAAAAGUGGAUCGUUAGAUGUAAAGAAAGAUGAUCCAUUUGAACUAUUCAUUACAGCAACAACUAUUAGAUAUUGCUUUUAUGGAGAGACACAUAAGAUUCUUGGUAACACAUAUGGGAUGUUAAUUUUACAGGAUUUUGAAGCACUUACACCAAAUUUACUAGCUCGCACCAUUGAAACUGUUGAGGGUGGAGGGCUUAUAUGUGUUUUACUGCAAAAUGUUGACUCACUUAAAAAGCUCUACACUAUGACCAUGGAUGUGCAUUCCAGAUAUAGAACAGAAUCUCAUCAAGAUGUAGUUGGUCGAUUCAACGAGCGGUUUAUUUUAUCUCUUUCUUCAUGCAAGAAUUGCUUAGUAAUAGAUGAUAGUUUACGCAUUUUACCAAUUUCAUCACAAUCUUCAAAUAUAACAGCUAUGCCACCAAAAACCAAAGAAGAAUCAAUGACAGCAGAGGAAGUAGAACUAAAAGAACUACAAAGUUCUUUACAAGAUACACAACCAAUUGGAUCUAUUAUUAACCAAUGUAAAACACUUGAUCAGGCUAAGUCUGUGCUAAAGUUUAUUGAAGUAAUAUCUGAAAAAACGUUACGAAGUACAGUUACUUUAACAGCUGCUCGUGGUAGAGGAAAGUCAGCUGCUAUUGGAUUAGCUCUGGCUUCAGCGGUUACGUUUGGCUAUUCCAAUAUAUUUGUUACUUCUCCUAGUCCUGAAAAUUUAAAAACAUUAUUUGAGUUUAUAUUUAAAGGUUUUGAUGCACUUAAUUACCAGGAACAUCUAGAUUACGAAAUAAUUCAGUCAACAAAUCCAGAUUUUAAUAAAGCUGUAGUCCGUGUGAAUAUUUUUCGAGAACAUAGGCAAACUAUUCAAUAUAUUUCACCUACUGAUCACCAUAAACUUGGUCAAGCUGAACUGCUUGCCAUUGAUGAGGCAGCAGCUAUUCCUCUACCAUAUGUUAAACAGUUAAUUGGACCUUACUUAGUAUUUAUGUCUUCAACCAUAAAUGGUUAUGAAGGUACUGGUAGAUCUCUGUCAUUAAAAUUAAUCGAACAGCUUCGUUCACAAAGUGUGUUAAAUAAGAGUACAGACACUGGAGUAGUUUCAAACAGUACACCUGCUGGUCGUGUUUUACAAGAACUUUCUUUAAAUGAAUCCAUUAGGUAUGCCAACAAUGACCCUGUUGAAAAAUGGUUAAAUGGUUUACUUUGUCUUGAUGCUAGCAUUGUUCCAAGAAUUAACUCUGGUUGCCCACUUCCAAAAGAUUGUGAUUUAUAUUUUAUUAAUCGAGAUACUCUUUUUUCCUACCACAAAGCUUCUGAAGUCUUCCUACAGCGAAUCAUGUCCCUCUAUGUUGCAUCACAUUACAAGAACACCCCUAAUGACUUGCAACUAAUUUCUGACGCUCCAGCACAUAAUUUGUUCUGUUUAUUGGGUCCAGUAGACCCUGAACAAGCCUCUCUUCCAGAAGUUUUGUGUGUUGUUCAGAUCUGUUUAGAAGGAGAAAUUUCUAAAGAUUCCAUUCACAAUAGUCUUUCAAGAGGCAAGCGAGCUAGUGGAGAUCUUAUACCAUGGACAAUAAGUCAGCAGUUUAAUGACAAUGAGUUUGGUAGUUUGUCUGGUGGAAGAAUAGUAAGAAUUGCAACUCAUCCAGAAUUUCAAAAUAUGGGAUAUGGUAAACGCACACUUCAACAGCUUAUAGAAUACUACAGCGGAUGUAUUCCAUGUUUAGAUGAUCAACCAAAAGUUGUAAAUAAAGUUGAUGAAGAAAACUCAAAUUUAUUAGAAGAAGUUAUUAAACCUAGAACCAACCUUCCUCCACUCCUGCUAAAGUUAAGUGAACGCCCAGCUGAAAAAUUAGACUAUCUAGGUGUUUCAUAUGGGUUAACUCCAGAUUUACUUAGAUUUUGGAAAAAUGCAGAAUUUGUUCCAGUUUAUUUACGUCAAAGUCCAAAUGAUUUGACUGGUGAAUAUUCUUGCAUCAUGCUGCGUUUACUUCAAGAAAAUACUGAAAACUCAUGGCUUGACUUAUACUGGCAAGAUUUCCGUCGCAGGUUUAUUUCACUGUUAUCUUUCCAGUUUCGUGAAUUUCCAGCAUCUCUUGGAAUAAGCAUGCUUCAAACAAAAGCAAAUGUGUCUGGAACAUUACCAAUAAACAAGGAUGAGUUGCUCUUCAGUUUCACAAAGUAUGAUAUAAGCCGAUUGGAACUUUAUGCUAAAAAUAUGGUUGAUUAUCAUCUUAUAAUGGAUCUUGUACCUGAAGUAUCAAGAUUAUAUUUUAUGAACAAAAUGGAAUUUCAACUAUCUGUGGUGCAAAAGGUUAUUCUUCUUGGCAUUGGUCUGCAAAGGAAGUCUAUAGAGACUUUAGAAAAAGAGUUAACCUUACCAAGCAGCCAAGUAUUGGGAUUGUUCAAUAAAAUUAUUCGCAAAGCAAAUCAAUUUUUAUCAGGAAUACUUGAAGCUGAAAUUGAAAAGAGUCUAUUACCAGAGCGUACAAUUGUUUCUAUGGAGCCCACCACACAAACAUUAAAAGAAGAGAUGGCAGAGGUAGAACGUGAAUUCCAAUUAAAAAGAAAUAUUGAAUUGAAAAAAAUGAAAAAUAUAGAUUUAUCUCAAUACGAGAUCACUGGCACUAAUGAAGAAUGGAAUGAAGCUCUUGGAAAAACAAAGAAACUUUCAAACCUAAGUAUACCAAGUACCAAAGAAAAAGUGAGCAAAAGAACUUCCAAGAUUUCUAUCGACGUAGAAGAAGAAAAUACUCCAUCAAACAAAAAGCACAAAAAACUAAAGAAGAAAAAGUAAUGGUUUUUGAAUCAAUAAUUUAUUUCUUCUCUUUGUAUACGAUUUCAUCGGUAAUUUGCUCAAAUGGGUGAGACGAGUUAGAAAAUAUAUAAAUUGUCAUUAA